AUGGUUCGGAUAAUUGGAAAAGAAGUUGGACCCAUUGGCGUUGGCCUUAUGAGCCUGACGCGUCCUGGCAGCGGUGUAAAUGACGAGCAGGCUUUUGCUGUUCUGCGCCGCGCCAUCGAGCUUGAAGCGUUCUUCUGGAACGGAGGCGAGUUCUACGGGCCCGAGAAUGCUAACAGCCUCGUGCUGCUAGAAAAAUACUUUGCCAAGUAUCCCGAGGAUGCCGACAAGGUGGUACUGAGCAUUAAGGGUGGCUCGGACAAGCCGAACACGUUCCACUUUGAUAGCUCGCCGGCCAACGUGCGGCGCUCAGUCAACGACUGCGUGGAACAACUUAAGGGUCGCAAGACGAUUGAUCUUUUUGAGUUGGCCCGCCAUGACGGCGUGACGCCAUGGGAGACCUCAGUCAAGUCGCUGCUGGAACUUAAGAAGGAGGGCAAGCUCGGUCAUCUCUCCCUGUCUGAGGUGCGCGCCGAGUCGAUUCAUCGGGUGGCCAAGGUGGCCAAGAUCGAAGCCGUCGAGAUCGAGCUCAGCAUUGUUUCGCCUGAAGUCCUCACAAACGGUGUGACUGCAGCCUGCUCACAAUAUGACAUACCGGUUAUUGCCUACUCUCCCAUCGGCCACGGACUCCUUACCGGACAUAUCAAGUCACAGGAUGACCUGAACUGGGUGGCCAAGAUGUUGCCGCGAUUCUCGCAGGAGAACCUGCCAGCCAACCUGAAGUUAGUGGAGCAGAUCGAAAAGAUUGCUGCCGACAAGGGCUGCACGACCGGCCAGCUUGCCAUCAACUGGGUCCGCUGUCUGUCUAGACGGCCUGGCAUGCCGACCAUUGUCCCGCUUCCUGGCACUACCACGAUCGAGCGGCUGGAAGAAAAUCUUACGCUUGUCGACUUCUCGGACGAGGAGAUGGACACCAUCGACGACAUAAUCAGCAAUUUUGAAGUCAAGGGCGACCGGUACCCUUCUCACCUUCCGACUGAAACGUAG